AUGCCAUUAACUAUAAUUCAUAAAAAUUCAAAUUCUAAAGAUCAGACUACUCAAGAGCCUGCUGACCAAACGGUUUUUCUGGUGUUUCUCACCAAUCCAAUCUAUGACAUGAAAUUACAAUUCCUUAAUUUGUCCAACCCUGACUUCUCAGUAGACUCAAAUAGGAUUCACUCGUUUACUAUACGGGAAACUUCUGGUUGGAUGCCUUCUGAGCUACAGGUGAAGACUACCGCUCUCACCCCUGGAAAUUUUACCUUCCAAAUGGACGUAGAAGAUUCAAUGAUCAAAGAUAUCCGCUCAUUAUUGGUGGAUGGAAUGGCUAACGUGAACAACUCGCGCAAGAAUCUAGCCUUCCAAUCAGUUAAUCCAACGUUCCAGUCCGCUGAUUUAGAUAGCUCCAAGCACUUCAUCAUGGAAUUAAAACUAAACGGCCACACAGGUGUCCGUAUGCAAGGCCAUGCCCGUCUCAAUAAGCAGGUGGACGCCCCUUCUACAGCAACGGAAAGACUCUUCAACUGGGUCAGCGCAACAGACAAAACCAACAGCACAAUCACAGGAACACCAACCGCAGAAGCAACAGCGGGCACGAUAAUCCAUUCGUCAAAUGAUCCAGCAUACAACUCCCACUCCCAAAUUGGUUCACAGCUUGACCAUCCAAAUACAAGUGAUCACUAUCGCUUUGCCUCCAGCAAAGUUAUACACACAGCACUUUAUGUGGUAAAAGAACCACUUCGUCAAGCAGAACAAGUUUUGGGACGACCCACAGCCAUUAGCUACAACAUGCCUACGUGA